AUGGGCCCCUGUACCGCCUCCUCAUGCUGCUGCCAGGCCCGUAAUCUGCCAUGGGCCCCCGUACCGCCUCCUCAUGCUGCUGCCAGGCCCGUAAUCUGCCAUGGGCCCCUGUACCGCCUCCUAAUGCUGCUGCCAGGUCCAGAGUGUGUCAUGGGUCCCUGUACGGCCUCCCAUUGCUGCUGUCUCCAUCGCCACACUCUGCCAUGUGCCACUUUCAGGUCUCCUCACACUGCUGGUGGGGUUCCAUUUUUGUCAUAGGGUGCUGUAUGGCCUCCCAUUGCUGCUGCCUCCACCGCCACACUGUGGCUCCACACUCUGGUUUUGGCCCCGUGACUGCCCAAAUGAGUGAAGUGUGCGGUGAUUCUAAGAUCGACGGCACUCAUCUGCAUGUCAUACUGACUGACAGUAUUAUUUCUCUUCCCCAGCAGACUCCAAGGGCAUUUAAAUUAAAGGUACAGUGUUCUGCACUAAUAUUA